CAGCUGUCACAAUGGUGUUUGCGGCGAUCGGAAAUUUCUUUCGCUCAAUAUACCUCCUUGUUAUGGACUUGUACCACUUUCCCGAAGUUAGGAAUAUGUUCAAGUCUGUCAUGCUCGGCUGGAAAAACGCAGGAAAGCGUAAAAGGUUAAUGGACAGCGAGGGAAAUGGCCUGACUGUAGUCGAAGUUAACAGAGUCCACUUACCGCCGUUUCCUAUUGUAGAAAAUAACAUUAACAAUUAUGACAAGUUUCACGCUCGUGGGGAUGAUGUGUGGAUAGUGAACUGGCCUAAAUCAGGAACACAUUGGAUGUACGAAGUCAUUAAACUACUCAUGACGGGACGGGAAGAACUCACUGACAGCAUAAAAGAAGGCACCAUGUUCCCGGAGGCGUGCGCUGUGGAGUCCCUGGAAAAACUGCCGUCGCCGAGGGUUUUAGAUACACACGUGCCGCUGAAGCUGUUUCCAGAAGAAGCAUUGAAGAAAUCUAAGAUUAUCUACACACUACGGAAUCCAAAGGACGCAUUCGUGUCUGCAUAUUAUCAUAUGAAAAACGACAGAUCGGUGUCAUAUGAGGGAAGUUGGAACGGGUUCUUCGAAUUAUCUGUAGACGAAAAUACAUGUUUAUGCGGAUCUUGGUUCGACCAUGUUGCUGAUUGGAUGGAAGUUUUAGAAAAUAACCCCAAUGCUUUAGUGGUCAAAUAUGAAGACAUGAAGCGGGACCUGAAGAAAGAGGUACGCCGCGUUGCAGAAUUUCUAGGUUAUACCAAAUCUGAGGAGGUCUACGAAAAUGUGACUAAAAAGUGCUCUUUUGGGCACAUGAAGAAAGCGAAAAAAGAGCCAAAAUGUUUCUGGAAACCAGGAGGCAGCAUGUACAGAAAAGGUAUUGUCGGUGACUGGAAAAACCAUUUUACUGUAGCACAAAACGAAAAAUUCAACGCCAUCUUCAACGAAAAGCGAAAUAAACUGAGAGUGAGUGUCGACUUCGAGCUCUGAACAUAAAAGUUGUUGUUUUUUAAAAAAUUAUCAUUAAUAAUUAUUAAAUUCAACACGAGCUCCUGAACUAAGAUAAAUAUGAAGC